GUCUCCCCACUCCUUCUGUCUGAACAAUAAACCCCAACAACUAGAAUAUCUAAAGUUUCCGAAUGUACUUCCUGGAGAGAGAUAUGACGUAGACUUACAGUGUAAGCUCCAGUUUGGAACUAGGUCCAAGCUUUGUAAGCUUUACCAUGAAAAGAAUGAUGUACUACAAGAACACAACGUCUGUAAAUCUUUAUGGUGUCAGAAACGAGGGCGAGAAUGUGCAACAAAUUUUAUGCCUGCAGCAGAAGGAACCUCAUGUGGGAGGAACAUGUGGUGCAGACGGGGGAGGUGUGUGGUAGUCGAUACUAAUGGGAUCAGACCAGUAAAUGGCGGAUGGGGUUUCUUUUCAGCAUGGUCGCCAUGUUCUAAGACAUGUGGUGGAGGUAUUGCCUUUAAGCAAAGAUACUGUGAUCGUCCAAAACCACGAAAUUUUGGGAGGAACUGUCAAGGAAAAGAUCGUGUGUACCAAGUAUGCAAUCAAGAGCCUUGUCUCCAAAGAAGUGCCGAUUUGCAGGCAGAACAGUGUCAGACUUUCAACAAUAGAACUUUCAGUGGAAAGCGGUUUCUAUGGGAACCGUAUGAUAAGGACCUUGGAGCACUGUAUCGGUGCAAAAUCUACUGUACUCCUCAAAAAGCUGACAUUUCAUUGGUAUUAUCUACAAAACUUUCUGACGGUGUAUCCUGCAAGCCUGGAUUCUCAGCCGUGUGUGUUGAUGGUGAAUGUAAGAAAGUGGGUUGUGAUGGGAUAAUUGACUCCAUGGUCCAGCCUGAUGUAUGUGGUAUUUGUGAUGGAGAUAAUUCAACCUGCCGCCUCAUUGCUGGACAACUGAAAAUUCAGCGGAAUAUUUCUGGUUACUAUACCAUUGCCCAGAUACCAAAACAUGCACGAAGCAUAAAAAUCAGCGAGGUUAAUGAAUCUCCAUCUUACCUUGCAUUACGAAACCUGAUUGGCCAUUACUACAUCACUGGUCACUGGACAAUAGACUGGCCAGGGCGAUACCGUGUAGCUGCGACAGAGUUUUUGUACAGGAGAUGGUACAAACAGCCUGAAUCUUUACAAGCUGAGGGUCCCACCAAUGAAGAUCUUAUUGUGGAGGCUUUACUUCACGGCGGAGAGAUGACGGUGAAAUUUAGUUUUGUGUUGGAUAAUGAAGUGGAGACAUAUAACACAGAUACAGAACUUCGCCAAUCAAUGAGAAAACAUUAUAAAUGGCGAUUAGUGACGUCACCAUGCUCGGUGUCCUGUGGAGCAGGGUUCCGAUACCAAAAUUACAGCUGUUUUGACGAGAUGGUCAACCUUGUAGCCAAUGAUUUAUGUGGCUCAUCCACUGAGCAGUCUUUGUUUCAAAUAACACAGUGUAAUUUUAAUUCCUGUCCCCCAACGUGGGAAACUGGUAAAUGGGGCAGCUGCAGCAGAAGCUGUGGUAUCGGUUUACGUCACAGACAUGUCAAAUGUGUCCGAAAAAUCAACGCCACAACCACCGAAAAGUUACCUAGUCGAUUUUGUCGUGGACAAAGAAAACCAGCCAGAAAGGAAAAAUGUAGUCAUAGCUUAUGUUCUGUCCAAUGGGCAACUGGAUCUUGGACAAAGUGUAGUGUAAGUUGUGGUGAAGGUCGUCAGACGAGAAACGCUACAUGUGUCAUCAGGAGACAAGAUAACAAUACAAAUGACGCCCUAUUUUCUCAUCAUUUCUUCAGUCGCCAUGUUGAUACAAUAAAUUGUAAUUUUAUUCUAAGACCUGUGACCACUCGUUCUUGUUUUAAUAACCCUUGUCCAAUAUUAAAACCAAUAGUUGAAAACUGUGUGGACCUAUACACUUGGUGCCAUCUUGUGGUGAAAUACAAAGUUUGUUCUCACGAUUUUUAUAGCAAGAAAUGCUGCAGUUCCUGUAUUUGAAUGGAUUUUAAAUGAUUUAUACGAUGCAUUUUUUUCUCUCUCUUAUUUUUUAAUGACAUGUAAAAUGUUUUAAAAUACCUUUGAGUUUAGUAGUAAAAACGUUCUUAUAGUAAGGUUUUUGGUAAUCGGAUAUCAGUCGUGGUUAGCAGCCUAUAUUAUUAUUAGUUAGUUACAUUUUUAUUACUUGAUACUAAUUAUUAACAAACAGGGAACUCCGAAAAAAGGACUGUUUCUGUGGUACUUCAACCCAGGAUUCAUAAAGAAGCUGAUGUGGUAUUCAUUCAUUAUGACUCAUCACCACCACCACAUCAUAGUCUUUCAUUGAAGAUUGCAUUACGCGAAACGUAGAAUAUAAACUAGUUAGUGAUUAAUAUCCAGUAUCAAAAUGAGUAACUAAGUCAUAAUUAGAGACCUGAUUGUAUAAAUCACUAAUCGUGUGCUUGUGAUCAAAUAACUUAAACCUGAGCCCUACCAAUGACAGAAAUAUUCUGGAUAUUUAAUGUGUUUUUAUAAGUGU